UUGAGUAGUUCAUGACAGUCAACUCCUGGUAGGUCUGUCUCCAUGUACCGUCUGACCCUUACAACUGAUCCAGAAUGCAGCUGCACGGCUUGUUUUCAAUCUCCCCAAAUCCUCCCAUGUCACCAGAUUGUUGUGUUCCCUCUUCUUGCUUCCUGUUGUUGCCUGUAUCAGAAUAAUAUAUUGAUAUUUGCAUAUGAAGUAACAAAAAAAAAGGUUGUUCUCUGUCCUGGUACCCGGGUGGUGGGUUAAACUUCCCCUGGGUGUCUGAAGCGUACUUGACUGCGCUGCUCAGCCUGAUGGCAAAUUUGUUCUCAAAGUGGCAGCGUUCAUCAGAGUAGUUUCUUCAGUAGUUCUGUUCACCAGCACAGACAGCCACCACUGCUGCAGUUUUCCUUAUUAAAUCCAUGCUGGCCUCUCUGACACUUGUGCAUAAAAGCAGAUAGAGUAUCAUUCUUGCCACUCUCUAUUUCACAUCAUCUACAAAAUGCUGCACAACCUUCAUAACUGUACCAGAGACUCCUUUUGGUGGCUCUCCAGAUGCGGUCAUUACCAUACCUGAUGUCUCUUCUGAGGGACUUGUGACAGAUCCCACUCAGGAAGGACACACUGUCUCUAGUUAAGUGUGUUGCCCACAUCUAGUUAAGCUAGAACCUUAAUGACAUACUGUCUGCACUGAAAAAGCUCCUGCCUGCCAAUUUGUCUUCAGUGUGUCAAUGCUUUGCUGAAACUAGAUUCUAGACAACUGACCAUGUGUCAGAGUCUUGUUACUUUUGUUAUAGAAUAUGAAGAAUGCUUACUAGUGUUUGCUUACGAACCUGCACAUUAUCACAAGUAAAAAUGGCCUCACAGUUAGUUUGGUGCGAAUGAAUGAACAAGAUAAAUUGCUGUUGGUAUCUUAAAUUACAGCCUUCAGUCAGAAGAUUACUUUAGGGUGUCUUCCAUGUGAGAAGAGUAUUACUGACUAUGCUGUACUACAUGACUCUGUUGGUGUGUGGACUUGAUCUAAGCACUGGUUACUUUAGAGUAUGCAUUAUGCUCAACACCGCCUCUAGACAUCAAGAAUUUACAGACUUUCACAGAAUUUACAGUUAUAUAUUCAUUAAUUAUGUGCUGUGUUCUUGUAAUUUUGCCAAUAAUAAUAAUUGUUUUUACUUGACCAUUUAGUGUUCCUUUACACAAGGAUAUUUGCAUACAAUAAAUAACUUCAUUUCGUAUCCAGUUACUGAUUUUUUGUUCAUUUACUGCUCCAGAAGUAGAUAAUGCCCUGAUGCAAGUCUUCACCUGCUCCUUGUGUCCACUGUCCUAUACAUCUCAAAUUUACCUCCACAAGCACAUCUGGAGAUGCCACUAUGAAGACUAUGUGAGACUGCAGGAAUCAGGGGAGAUUAAAUAUGAGAUUCUAAUUCCCACAAAAGGCUCCAGACGUCAGCCAACAUCAUCUGAUUCUCUCAGUUCUGACACUUCUCACAAUGAUAUACAGAAGGAAAUUCACCACUUCUCAGACUGUGGAAAGAGUUUUAGUCAUCAGGGUGCUCUCCAAGAACACCCGCACGUUAAGAUGCAAGAGAAGCCGUAUCACUGCCCACAGUGUGAGAAAUGUUUUUCUGACCAAAGUAAUAUAAGAAAACAUCAGCACAUUCACACAGGAGAGAAGCUGUAUCACUGCUCAGAGUGUGGAAAGAGGUUUACUAAGAAGGGUAGUCUUCAGAUACACAAGCGCAUUCACACAGGAGAGAAGCCGUAUCACUGCUCCCAGUGCGGGAAGAGAUUUAAUCAACAGAGUGAUCUCCAAAGACAUGAGCGCAUUCACACAGGAGAGAGAUCUUAUCAUUGCUCACAGUGUGCGAAGAGUUUUAAUCAGCAGAGUCAUCUCCAAGUCCAUGAGCGCAUUCACACUGGAGAGAAGCCGUAUAACUGUACACAUUGCGGCAGGAGUUUCAAUCAGCACAGUGAUCUUCAACGACACGUGCGCAUUCACACAGGAGAGAAGCCGUAUCACUGCUCCCAGUGUGGAAAGAGUUUCACUCAACAGAGUAAUCUCCAAAAACAUCAGAGUGUUCAUGCAGUAGAGAAGCCAUAUCACUGCUCCCAGUGUGGAAAGAAUUUCACUCAACAGAAUCAACUCCAACGACACAAGCGCAUUCACACAGGAGAGAAGCCGUAUCACUGCACACAGUGUGGAAAGAGUUUCCCUCAACAGAAUCAACUCCAACUACACCAGCGCAUUCACACAGGAGAGAAGCCGUAUCACUGCUCACAGUGUGGAAAGAGUUUCAGUCAACUGAGUACUCUACGAAGACACCAACGCAUUCACACGGGAGAGAAGCCGUAUCACUGUUCAUGGUGCGGGAAGAGUUUUACUCAGAAGGGUAGUCUUAAGAUACACCGGCGCAUUCACACUUGAGAGAAGCCGUAUCACUGCUCCCAGUGUGGGAAGAGUUUUAAUUAUUUUAUUUUGUUUAAGACCCAUAAGUGCACUAACACAGUGCCAUAACAUGAUUUGAAUUUCUCAAAUUAAAUAUGAGUUUAUCAUUAUGGUUUGGGCUUAAAUUA